CGUUGUGGUGGGAGGGAGGGAGGAAUUUCAGCUAACGGGAGAGAUGCUGAUGGCUACUCGGUCUCUGCUAUCAUCACCGAAAACUUACACCUUUACCGCAAAGCUGCACGGAGACCCUUAAACCAUGAAGUGUCUCAGCGUCUUGGUGCUGUUCUUAGUAGUGGUCACCAUUGUCUCUCGCUCACAUUCGGACCGGAAUGUCUACCCUUCAGCCGGAGUGCUGUUCGUCCAUGUCCUGGAAAGGGAAUACUUUAAAGGGGAAUUUCCACCCUAUCCUAAGCUAGGUGACACCAGCAAUGACCCAAUCACCUUUAAUACCAACCUGAAGGGAUAUCCAGACAGGCCUGGGUGGUUGCGCUACAUCCAGCGAACUUCACACAGUGAUGGAGUCCUUUACGGCUCCCCCACUGCAGAGCACGCGGGCAAACCAACCAUUAUCGAGAUUACUGCCUAUAACAGACGCACCUUCGAAACAGCAAGGCAUAAUUUGGUCAUUAACAUCAUGGGUACAGAAGAAUUCCCCUUGCCGUAUCAGGCUGAGUUUUACAUUAAAAACAUGAAUGUAGAAGAGAUGUUAGCCAGUGAGGUCCUGGGAGACUUCCUGGGUGCAGUAAAGAACGUCUGGCAACCGGAGAGGCUUAAUGCAAUCAACAUUACUUCAGCACUGGACCGGGGUGGACGUGUGCCCCUGCCUAUCAACAACCUGAAAGAAGGGGUGUAUGUGAUGGUGGGAGCAGAUGUGCCAUUCUCAUCGUGCCUGCGUGAGGUAGAGAGUCCACAGAACCAGCUGCGCUGCAGUCAGGAGAUGGAGCCGGUCAUCAGCUGUGACAAGAAGUUCAGAGCUCAAUUCCACAUCGACUGGUGCAAAAUCUCUUUGGUGGAUAUUACUAAAGUCAUUCCUGUCCACAACAGCCGCCCAGAGCCAGGCACUGGAGUGCUGCCAGACAUCGGUGAAUACAAUCCGCCCUCUGAGUCACUGAAAAGUAAAGACUAUUUUUCCGACUUCCUGGUCACCCUGGCUGUGCCCUCUGCCGUUGCACUGGUCCUCUUUGUCAUCCUGGGCUAUUCGAUGUGCUGUCGCCGAGAAGGAGUGCGAAAAAGAAACAUGCAAACACCAGAUAUCCAGUUGGUGCAUCACAGCUCCAUUCAGAAGUCAACAAAGGAGCUACGCAGCAUGUCAAAGAACAGAGAGAUCUCCUGGCCUCUCUCCACCCUGCCUGUUUUCAACCCUGUGAGUGGAGAGGUGGUGCCACCGAUCCACCCAGAAAACUACGAGACAACCAGCAUGCCACUCAUGCAGACCCAGACAAAUCUUCAAAAUCAAAUGCAGAUACCACAGCAGCAGCCUCCAGGAGAUAAUUACAGUUUGUCAACAUUUCGAAGGCUGGAGGUAAAUGGUAUUCCUGAAGAGAGGAAAGUGGCUGAAGCAUUGAAUUUGUGAGCUUCCUGUGUAGUUUGUGUUUCCACAUCAUGCCAACUCUGCAUGUGCUAUAGCUCCAUAAAGCUGUGCAGUACCAGUGAGAUGUAGUCCAAGCAGAAGCAGAAGCUACUGACAGCUUCAGUUACAUGACCAUAUCGGAACUAUUUAAAUAUUUAUGGUAUUUUUGAGGUAACUGUUUUUCAUUCAAGGGACCAUUCAUGGUGAAAUUUAAAAUUAACUAGCCAGUCAAGAGACUGUUAGGUUUAUAAGCUUAUUAAAGUUUGUAAGCACUCUCUUUAAUAUGUAUGUUUUUAAAUGCAAAUUACAAGGUAAUUAUAUAUAAUUUUAUCCUCAAUACAGAGGAUACAGUGAUUCCAUAUUUUUCCUCUAUUUGAUCUGGAAAAAAAUGCCAUUCAUUAAAACAUUUUAAUUUUAUUUGUUUGAAGUAUGAAUGUUAUAAAGCUAUUAAUAAAAAUGUGUUUUGUGUCAA